AUGGGCCGGAGCAGAGCCCCUGUCGCAGAGACAAGCACGGUGGCGCAACCAUCAACAGCACAGCUCGCGGCGCUGGCAGAUAACGAAGGACAAGGCGAAUCAGAUAGGCACAAGAGCAAUCGCGAGAGACUCGUCGACUUGGAGGCCCAGCUUACUCGACUUGACGAGAAAGUGACAAAGGCGUCUACGCAUGAGCAACGGAUCGCCAUGCUUGAGGCGACGCUCACUCAACUCGUCGAGUCAGUGACUGAGCUGCAGGAUAACACGAAGGAGGCGGUCCAUCACUUGAAGGAGCAGACCAUCGAAUUGUUUGCACGUGUCGGACUGCUGACAAGGGCCAUGGGCAAUGCUCCUCCCGCACCCCAAGGUGGCGGGCACGCGGGGCGUGUUCGAGUGCCGGAACCGCGGAGCUUUCGUGGAGCUCGUGAUGCGAAAGAGCUCGAGAACUUUCUAUUCGACAUGGAACAGUACUUCCGUGUCGUCCAACCCGACACUGAGGAGUCGAAGGUCACGUUUGCGACGAUGUACCUCGACGGAGAUGCCAAGCUAUGGUGGAGGACCCGAUACGAGGACAUUCAGGAAGGUCGCUGUACCAUCGACACUUGGGAGGACCUAAAGAAGGAGUUAAAGGCUCAGUUUCUUCCUGAAAAUGUCGAGUUUAUCGCGCGACGGAAUUUGCGACGACUCCAGCAGACGGGGUCCAUUCGAGAGUAUGUCAAGCAAUUCUCCGCGUUGAUGCUGGAUAUCCGAGAUAUGUCCGAGAAAGACAAACUCUUUCAUUUUCUCGAAGGACUGAAACCUUGGGCGCAGGCGGAACUGCGUCGCCAGAACAUCAAGGACUUAGCUGCGGCCCAGGGAGCGGCUGAGCGGCUGACCGACUACUCGCCGCCGGAGCACCCCAAGAAGAAACCCGUGGGCAACAACCCCAAAACCCACAACCAGAAGGCAAAGGGUAAGGGACUGACAUCCACGGAGCGAAAAGGGGUAGGGUCCAAGAGUCCGAAGAAUUUCAAGAGCCCUGAAGAGGGUUGCUUCCUUUGUGGGGGUCCACACUUUGUCAGAGCGUGCCCUCAGAGGAAGUCCCUCAAUGCAGUGCAGACGAAGGAACCCGAAUCCGACGAAGAGGAAGAGGCAGCUGAGACAGGAAGCAUCCGGAUGGGGGCACUCCGGUUGCUCAAUGCACUCAAAGGUCAAGUGGGGGAGAAGAAGAAGACCCCGCUGCCGAGGGAGAGUAAACAUAGUGAGCUGAUGUAUGUGGACAUCAAGCUCAAUGGAAAGACAACAAGGGCAAUGGUGGAUACAGGUGCUACCCACAACUUCAUUGCGACUGGUGAAGCUGAACGUCUUGGACUUGCACUGAGCAAGGAUGGGAGUCGCAUGAAAGCAGUAAAUUCGAAGGCCCAACCUAUCGCGGGUCUUGCGAAGGAGGUACCUGUCAGCAUCGGCUCGUGGACAGGUAAAGCCAAUUUCAUGUCGGUGCCGCUGGAUGAUUUCCAAGUCAUCCUCGGGAUGGAGUUUCUUCAGACGGCUAGAGGAGUACCCAUGCCAUUCUUGGAUGCCCUCUGCAUGAUGGGUGACGAUUCUCCAUGUGUCGUUCCGGUAGUGCGGAAGACAACGGAUGCCCGACAGAUUUCAGCGCUCCAGCUCAAGAAGGGCGUGAAGAGGGGCGAGCUGACUUAUGUAGCGGCGUUGAAGUUGGAGACUGGGAGUGGGGACGAGACCCCGACGCCACCUGUAGUGGCGAAACUCUUGAAGGAGUUCAAGGAUGUCAUGCCCCCAGAACUACCAAAAUCUUUACCUCCCCGACGAGCAGUAGACCACCGGAUCGAGCUCGAGCCUGGCACGAGGGCCCCGGCUCGCUCUCCCUACCGUAUGUCUCCUCCGGAGUUGGCAGAACUUCGGAAGCAACUAGAUGAGCUGCUUAAAGGCGGUCUUAUUCGCAGCUCGAAAGCACCGUUCGGAGCCCCUGUACUUUUCCAAAAGAAGCAUGAUGGCAGUCUGCGGCUAUGUGUGGAUUAUCGGGCUCUGAACAAGGCAACCAUCAAGAACAAGUACCCAAUCCCACUCAUUGCGGACUUGUUUGAUCAAUUGGGGAAGGCGCGGUACUUCUCCAAACUGGACUUGCGAUCAGGCUACUGGCAGGUCCGGAUUGCGGAAGGUGACGAGGCGAAGACAACAUGUGUCACAAGGUAUGGGGCGUUCGAAUUCUUGGUGAUGCCGUUUGGGCUUACGAAUGCCCCAGCUACGUUCUGUACCCUGAUGAACAACCUGUUUCACGACCAUCUAGACAAAUUUGUGGUGAUCUAUCUGGAUGACAUUGUCGUGUACAGCAAGACCUUGGAGGAGCAUGUUGAACACCUCCGCAUCGUCUUCCAGACAUUAAAGGAGCACUCCCUCUAUGUGAAGAAGGAGAAAUGUUACUUUGCUCAGAAGGAGAUCAUGUUCUUGGGCCAUCGAGUGGGUGGUGGCCUAAUUGGAAUGGAUGAGGAGAAAAUUCGUGCCAUAAAAGAGUGGAGAGCGCCGACAAGAGUAACGGAAUUACGCUCGUUCCUUGGACUUGUGAACUACUAUCGGCGCUUCAUUAGCAGCUACUCGCGGAGGGCUGCACCAUUGACGGACCUGCUACGAAAGGACCGGGCAUGGAGGUGGUCCGACGAGUGUCAGAAAGCCUUUGAUGACUUGAAGGCUGCGGUGAUGGAGGAGCCAGUACUACGUCUACCUGAUCACUCACUCCCGUUCGAAGUCCAUACAGACGCCUCGGAUUAUGCUAUUGGGGGGGUACUCGUCCAAGAUGGCCACCCUGUAGCCUUCGAGAGCCGAAAGCUGAAUGACACCGAGCGGCGGUACGCGACCCAUGAGAAGGAGAUGACAGCAGUGGUGCAUUGUCUCCGGGUAUGGAGGCACUAUCUCCUGGGAUCCCGAUUUGUGGUCAAGACAGACAACGUCGCUCUGAGUUACUUUCAGACUCAGAAGAUGCUCACUCCGAAACAGGCGAGAUGGCAAGACUUCCUAGCAGAGUUCGACAUGGUUUUGGAGUACAAGCCAGGACGAUGUAACCAAGUCGCUGACGCUCUCAGCAGAAAGGCCGAACUUGCCGCUCUUAAAACUCUGUCGAAUGAGAGGGCAAGUCAAGUACAAGCGACUUUGCAAGAGAGGAUUCGUGAAGGGUUGAGGAAGGAUCCCAUGACAGUGACUCUCAAGCAAUUGAUCGAUGAAGGCAAGGCGCAAAGAUUCUGGAUCCAGGAUGGCCUCAUCAAAACAAAGGGGGAUCGAGUGUACGUGCCGCGGGCGGGAAACUUGAGGAGAGAACUGCUCCAGGAGUGUCACGACACUCUGUGGGCAGGCCACCCGGGCGUACAUCGGACCCUGGCCCUUAUGGAGAGGGCCUAUUAUUGGCCGAAAAUGGGGGAGGACAUUGAAGAAUAUGUACGCACAUGUCUCACAUGCCAGCAAGACAAGGUGGAGCGAGAGAAGCCGUGUGGGCUGCUGAAGCCCUUACCAGCGCCGGAGCGGCCGUGGGAGAGCGUCUCCCUGGACUUCAUCUCCAGUCUGCCAAAGGUGGGGGAGUUCGGUUCGAUUCUCGUUAUAGUGGACCGAUUUUCGAAGUAUGCCACUUUCAUCCCCGCACCCAUAAGUUGUACUGCUGAGGAGACGGCGCGGCUAUUUUUGAAGCAUGUGGUGAAGUAUUGGGGAGUCCCACAGAACAUCAUCAGUGAUAGGGAUUCCCGCUUCCUCGGGCGGCUAUGGACAGAGCUCUUCAAGCUCUUGGGUUCCAAGCUAUACUUCUCCACCAGCCUACACCCCCAGACGGACGGCCAAACUGAAAGAAUAAAUGCUCUACUCGAGCAAUAUCUGCGGCACUUCGUAAGUGCCAACCAACGAGACUGGGUGAAGCUACUUGAUGUAGCCCAGUUCUCGUACAACCUGCAGCGGAGCUCUGCGACCAACAAAAGCCCCUUCGAGACCAUUACCGGCCAGCAACCUUCAACACCUCAUACCUUGGUCAUCGGGUACACCGGCAGCAGCCCCUCAGCUUACCACCUUGCCAAGGAGUGGCAUCGUAAUGCUGAGAUCGCCCGAGCCUACUUGGAGAAGGCGGCUAGAACGAUGAAGAAGUGGGCCGAUAAGGAUAGGCGGCCUCGAGACUACAGCAAAGGCCGUGCUGGUCAAGCUCCAACCAGCAUCCCUGAGAGUGUUCCGAAAGGUACACAAGGGUUUGGUCCGGAACUCCUGGCGUGGCUUAAAAUCCACCCGGUGUUCCAUACGAGCUGCCUGAAGCCCUACCAUGCCGACCGUGAAGAUCCCUCAAGGAACAGCUCGACUCGCCCCACCCCCACCAUUUUCUCAGUCGAGAGGCGAGUUGACAACAUUCUGGCGGACAGAGUGCGGAAGCUACCCAGUGGAGCAGCUGAAAGGGAGUUCCUUGUCCAGUGGAAGAACCUGCCGAAGGCUGAAGCCAGUUGGGAGCGUGAGGAUGCACUUCGGCAUGAAGAAGACAAGAUCAGGGAGUACCAGCAGAAGACCUUGACGGACACGUCGGGAUGA